GACCCCCAUUCCUGGCAGGGGAGCUGCUCUGAUGCUUCUGGCAUUUUUACGUGCAGGUGACUUCCAUGGUGAUGGUGGCUGUGGGAAUCUAUGCCCGACUGAUAAAGCAUGGAGAAGCAGCCAUGGCUUGCCUUGCUGUGGAUCCGGCCAUCUUGCUCAUGAUCAUUGGUGUCCUGAUGUUCUUUAUCACUUUCUGUGGAUGCGUUGGCUCCUUGCGGGAGAACAUCUGUUUUCUGCAGACGUUCUCGCUCUGCUUGACGCUCCUCUUCCUGCUGCAGUUGGCCGCUGGCAUUCUCGGGUUCGUCUUCUCUGACAAGGCCCGGGGGAAGGUGAAUGAGGUGGUUAGCAACGCCAUCGUGCAUUAUCGAGAUGACUUGGACCUCCAAAACCUCAUUGAUUUUGGCCAGAAGGAGUUCAGCUGCUGUGGGGGCAACUCCUACAGAGACUGGUCCCGAAACAUGUACUUCAAUUGCACACCCCAGAACCCCAGCCGGGAGCAUUGCUCGGUGCCUUAUUCCUGUUGCCGGCAGUUGGAGGACGAGUUGGUCAUCAACACCAUGUGUGGUCAAGGGAUGCAGACUCUCAGCUACCUGGAAGCCAGCGAAUUCAUCCAUACAAAUGGCUGCAUUGACAGUCUGGUGGACUGGAUGCACAGGAACCUCUUUCUCAUCGGCGGGGUGGCCCUGGGCCUCGCUGUUCCCCAG